AUGGCCGCUCAUAACGACAAUCGAGAUGGGAGACACGGAUCACAAUCCCCACGUUAUCAGCCGUCUGAAUCGCCGCUUAGAAAUUCCAGCGACGCUGAAGAUGGGAACCAGCUCGCUGAAAACAUAAUUUCAUCCCAGAAUCCUGGGGAACAGCAACCUUUGGAGACUGCUGGAAAUGGAGCAGAGUCACAGCCAACUUCACGGGGUCAGCCCUCAGAGACAGGUCCAGGGCCUUCAACAAACACGCCUGUUUUUAGAAGACCUUCACAGCAACAGGUACGGUUCUCCAUCGAUAUAGAAGGUCUCCCGCAAACCAAUACAGAUCGAUACACAGUCGGAGAACUUCAGGAUAGGCCGUUAAGUCGCAGCAACCGUGUUGCUGCAUCCGGGCUGACAAUCAACACCACCGCAUUAUCUUCUCAAACCCAAGACUCCCGGACAAGCGCAAACCCCUCUGGGGUAUCUCCAACUUCAUCACCUAUCAUAUCUCCAGGAACCCGUAACCGGGGCUACUCGCUUCGACGCUCCUUAUUCAAUCGCAACCUCACUCAAGACACUUCUCCCGUGAAGAAUACGUCCACCGAAUCUACCAAACAGGGAGAUGUCUUCGAGCUUAAACAUCGCCGAUCGCGUAGUGGUGGCACGAAAAACUCGAAUGCUCCAGAGGUUGAAGUUGUGACGGAACCAGCCUGUAAUAAGGACGAUGAGUCUAUGUCGGAACGAACAGAUACCCUCAAGGGAUCCCGGACUUACUACUCGGGUGGCAGGCAAACACUUACCAAAAGAUUCGUCAGCCAAGCGUUGCUGUUUUUUGGACUACUUAGUGCUGCCUUUCGAACGCACGUUCUCAGAAUCAAACCGAUUCCACCAAGCAAGGAUGGAAGACAUAUAGAUUUGGACGCUCACCGCAGUGAACCUUUAAUAGAUGAGCGAACCGGCAAACACUAUAUCAGUAAUUAUAUUCGCUCAAGUCGAUAUAGCUUAUGGAGCUUUUUCCCCAACCAGUUUAUUGCACAAUUUUCAAAACUUGCUAAUUUCUACUUCCUUAUUGUUUCUAUUUUGCAGAUGAUACCCGGCCUGAGUACUACUGGUACUUUUACCACCUUUGUGCCUCUCAUGAUUUUUGUUGGAAUUUCUAUGGGAAAAGAAGGAUUCGAUGAUUUUCGUCGGUACAGAUUGGAUAAGGAAGAGAACAACCGAAUUGCCUGGGUCCUUCGCGCAAGCCCAACGAAUAAUUCGGAAUCAAAGUUGUCGAAAGAACAGGAAGCAGGAAACAACAACAACUCUGGGCCGUGGAUCGGAACGAAAUGGAUUGACGUCCAAGUGGGCGAUAUCAUUCGGUUAGAUCGUGAUAGCCCUGCGCCCGCUGAUCUAGUUCUUCUACACGCCGAGGAACCAAAUGGAAUCGCCUAUAUCGAGACUAUGGCAUUAGACGGUGAAACGAAUUUGAAAGCCAAAAAACCCUGUAUUCCUGUUGGAAACGCCUGCGCUACUAUCAACGACGUUAUCUCAAACAAGGUCACCCAUUUCGCGGUGGAAGACCCUAAUAUAGACCUAUAUAAAUUCGACGGAAAUGUUACAGUAGCUAACGAGAAGCUUCCCCUGACAAAUAAUGAAGUUAUAUACCGUGGCAGUAUUCUGAGGAAUACCCAGGAGGCAUUUGGGCUGGUCAUCUAUACUGGGGAGGAAUGCAAAAUUCGAAUGAAUGCCAACAAAAACCCGCGGAUCAAGGCACCUGCUCUCCAGGCAAUGGUGAAUCGUGUGGUUGCCGUGAUUGUACUUUUUGUUGUUGUUCUGGCUUCUGCUUGCACCAUUGCGUACCGUUUUUGGUCCAAGGAUAUUGAUGAUAAAUCUUGGUACCUUGCGAUGGCAAGGGUCUCUUAUGGUCCCAUUUUCACCUCAUUUAUUAUCAUGUUUAACACCAUGAUCCCAAUCUCUCUCUAUGUCAGUCUUGAAAUCGUCAAAGUUGUUCAGAUGCUUUUGCUCAAUGAUAUCGAUAUGUACGAUGAAGAUUCCAAUACUCCUCUGGAAGCAAGAACUUCAACCAUCAAUGAGGAACUUGGGCAAGUAAGUUACAUAUUUUCGGAUAAAACGGGGACGUUGACCAAUAAUUCCAUGCGCUUCCGUAAAAUGAGUGUCGCUGGGACCGCUUGGCUUCAUGAUACCGACUUAAACGAGGAGGGAGAGCCCAAAAUGCUCAUUCACAAAAAGAGAAAGGGCAAAAAACCAGCCGGCCGAAAGUGCACUGUUGAUGACGUAACGAUAGCAUCAAAGCCUUCCAGAAUGUCAAUAUCAAACCAAGAAGAUGCGACGAGAGCAUUGCCGUCACGGUGGAAGUCUAAUAGGCGGGGUAAACAAUACCACGGCGGUCGAACUACUGAAAUGUUACGCUAUAUUCACCAAAGACCUCACACAUUGUUUGCCAUAAAGGCGAAGCUAUUUAUUCUGGCCAUUGCCUUAUGUCAUACCUGUCUUCCCGAGGAGACGGAGGAUGGGGAUAUUUCUUUUCAGGCCGCAUCACCAGAUGAGGUUGCAUUGGCGCUCGCGGCUAAGGAGCUAGGAUACGUUAUUGUGGACAGACAGCCAAAAAGCAUCACGAUACGGAGGCUAUCUCUCAGUCCCGAUGAAUCAUAUGCCGACGAGGUGUAUGAAAUUCUAGACAUCAUUGACUUCUCUAGCAGUCGCAAACGGAUGUCGAUUGUGGUUCGCUUACCGGAUCAAAGAAUAUGUGUAUUCUGUAAGGGCGCAGAUUCAAUAUUGAUGAAGCGGCUGAAACAUUCUGGCUUAGCAAUUGAGAAGGCUACAGAAAUCGAGGGAAGGGUAAGCGUCAGGAAGAGCAUGGAAGCGAAAGAAGUUAUGCGGCGCAAUAGUGAGCAUAUGUCGAGGCGAGACACAAAGCGGUCUAGCAUCAGUAUUGGACGACCCAGUUUUGCCGUCGCGCGCAGAUCAAGUGUAUCCGGAAAAGGCAACUCGGCUUUACGAGAAAGCAUUGAUGUGUGGUUACGGGAGCGCGAGACGGAUGGAGGAAUUGAUCUCAGGCAAAAUGGCAAUGAAAACUACAGCCCGCGUCCAUCUGGCCAAUUCGGUGGCCGGCCCUCUCUCGCAUACUCUGACGGCCGGACUUCUUUUCAGACCGAUGACAGUGGGGAUUUGGUCGAUGAAGCUCUCGUGGUCAACGAGGCUCAAGUUUUUGAAAGGUGUUUCCAACACUUGAAUGAUUUUGCUACGGAAGGUCUACGGACUCUUCUCUAUGGAUGCCGGUACAUGACUGAGGCCGAGUAUAAUGACUGGAAGCAGCAAUAUCAUGAGGCUGUAACGAGCCUGGUUGACCGACAAGAAAAGAUCGAGGAAGUAGGGGAGCAGAUCGAAAAGGAUUUCGAUCUUUUGGGCGCAACUGCUAUCGAAGACAAGCUUCAAAAGGGGGUACCGGAAGCAAUAGAUAAGCUAAGACGAGCGAAUAUCAAACUUUGGAUGCUCACUGGUGAUAAACGGGAGACGGCCAUCAAUAUCGGGCAUUCUUGCCGGCUAGUGAAAGAUUAUUCGUCAGUUAUCAUCAUCGAUAAUGCUUCAGGGAAUGUCGAACAGGUGAUAAACUCCACGAUGGCAGAUAUUAAACGAGGGGAUGUCGCGCACUCGGUGGUUGUUGUGGACGGCCAAACUCUUUCAGUCAUUGAGAGCGACCCGCUCCUCCAGGCUCUGUUUUUAGACCUUGCUAUUCUCGCCGACUCAGUCAUUUGCUGCCGUGCUAGCCCGAAACAAAAGGCGUUCCUUGUCAAAUCGAUUCGAAAGCGAGUAAACGGCUCUAUCACCCUUGCUAUUGGUGACGGGGCAAAUGAUAUUGCUAUGAUCCAAGAAGCACAUGUUGGAAUUGGAAUUACUGGCAAGGAAGGCCUCCAGGCUUCCAGGAUCGCAGAUUACUCAAUCGCCCAGUUUAGAUUCCUACUCAAACUAUUGCUUGUCCAUGGCCGCUGGAAUUAUAUCCGAGUUUGCAAGUACACGCUGGGCACAUUUUGGAAGGAAACAAUAUUUUACUUAACGCAGGCUCUUUACCAACGCUGGAACGGAUACACUGGGACCAGUUUGUAUGAGCCGUGGAGUUUGAGUAUGUUCAAUACUCUUUUCACCUCCCUCCCUGUUAUAUUUCUUGGUAUAUUCGAGAAAGACCUUGCAGCGUCCACUCUUCUCGCAGUUCCUGAGCUAUAUACCAAGGGCCAGUUGCGACAAGGGUUUAAUGUUCUGAUUUACCUCGGAUGGGCAUUCAUGGGGACGUGCGAAGCCAUGAUUGUCUACUUCGUGAUGUAUGGAUUGUUUGGAAGGGCCAUAUUGUCGAACGAUAAUGGAGUUUUCGCAAUGGGCUUGCUCACCUACUCUGCAUGUGUGGUUAUUAUCUCAGUGAAGCUACAGAUCCUUGAGAUUCACAACCGCUCCGUGAUGGCUGUGAUCUCGACUGUGCUUUCUAUCGCCGGCUGGUGGUUAUGGAAUAUCGUUCUUUCUGAGCGCUACAAAAGGGACAAGAUCUACAACGUUCGGCACAAUCUGCUCAAGCGGAUCGGGCUUGACCUAUCUUGGUGGACUACGCUUCUAAUCACGAUCGUCAUCGUAAUCCUCUUUGAGAUCGCUGUCAGCACCAUUCGUUCUCUUUUCUUCCCCACGGACGUCGAUAUUUUUCAGGAGUUUGAAAAAGACAUUGAAAUCCGCAAACGGUUCGAGGAGGCUGCCGCGUCAGAGCUGCAGCAAGGAUGGGAUCGCGGUACCAAGAAAUCCAGCUCUGAGCUUCAGCGCGAAGCCGCGAUUGCAGACGCUAGAGAGCAGCAGGUUCAGGAGUUGCUUGACCGACGAAAGGGGGACGACGACGUCAGCAACGGUGGCGCAGAGGCGAUUUCUACGGGCCAGCAACAACGUAGCAGCCAAACUGUUGCGGCAGGCCUGGGCGAAUCCGACCAGCGCGCUGGUGGCGAUGCUACAGCUACGCGUCGGUCUCUGGACACCCAUGAACUGUUCAGCAAAGGAUUUGGGUCGAUUCGAAAAGGCCCAGACCUACGCUAA